GCAGAACAGAAGUAGGAGUUGAGUAGUCAUCAAGUCACAAACAGUCUGAUCUCAUGUUCUGCUGAGACAUACUGCUAUACCCAUAGAGCCUGGUUAAAUAUAUUGUAGAAUACGCCUUAGGUCUGUUACCGAAAGAGGGUUAAAACUUUGCUUACCGGAGGUCAAGGUGGACGGAUGCUGGUGAAUGCCCCAUGGCAGCGGCUACCUCAGUUCAUUCAUCAAGUACAAGCUAUAACUUGGAAGCAUUUUUUAGAAUGAAGCGAGGUAGACUGACUGUUACUAUUGACAGCCAAGUUGUUGAAGGACCAAAAAGAAUAAAGAAACAAAAAAAGUAUACUCUGUCGCCUAAACUUCAGAAAUCUCAAAUGCAGUCCUGCAUGCUGGACUGGGGAAGUCUGCCGCACCAUGUAGUCUUGCAUAUAUUUCAGUACCUCCCACUGGUUGACAGGGCCCGUGCAUCCUCUGUUUGUCGUCGGUGGAAUGAAGUUUUCCAUAUCCCUGAGCUAUGGAGAAAAUUUGAAUUUGAACUAAACCAGCCGGCUACGUCAUACUUGAAGUCUACUCACCCUGAUCUUAUCCAGCAAAUCAUUAAAAAACAUGCGAACCAUCUUCAGUAUGUCAGUUUCAAGGUUGAUAGCUGCACAGAAUCAGCAGAAGCCGCUUGUGACAUUCUCUCUCAGCUCGUGAACUGUUCCAUUAAAACUCUUGGGUUAAUAUCCACAGCAAAGCCCAGUUUCAUGAAUGUUUCCAAGUCUCACUUCGUAUCUGCACUCACUGUAGUCUUUGUCAACUCAAAGUCGUUGUCUUCAAUAAAGAUUGAUGAUACUCCUGUGGAUGACCCUUCGUUGAAAGUUUUAGUUGCAAACAACAGUGACACCUUGAAGUUAUUGAAAAUGAGCAGCUGUCCUCAUGUAUCACCUGCUGGAAUAUUGUGUGUGGCUGAUCAGUGUCACGGACUUCGAGAACUUGCUCUGAAUUACCAUCUUUUGAGCGAUGAAUUACUCUUGGCCCUUUCCACUGAAAAACAUGUUCGCCUUGAACAUCUUCGCAUUGAUGUAGUCAGUGAAAAUCCAGGACAAACACAAUUUCACACCAUAAAGAAACAAAGCUGGGAUGCCCUUAUCAAGCAUUCUCCAAAAGUCAAUAUCGUCAUGUACUUUUUCCUGUAUGAAGAGGAAUUUGAUGCGUUUUUCCGAGAGGAGACGCCCGUUACUCAUCUGUACUUUGGCAGGGCCGUGAGCAAGGCAAUGCUAGGUCGUAUAGGCAUGAACUGUCCUCGAUUGAUUGAGCUGGUGGUUUGUGCAAAUGGACUUCAGCCUUUGGAUGAUGAGCUCAUUCGAAUAGCUGACCGUUGCAAGAACUUGACUGCCAUUGGCCUUGGAGAGUGUGAAGUGUCUUGCAGUGCAUUUGUUGAAUUUGUAAAGAUGUGUGGAAGGAGACUGACACAGCUGUCUAUUAUGGAGGAAGUACUUAUCCCAGACAACAAGUACAGCCUGGAGCAAAUUCAUUUUGAAGUUUCAAAGCACCUAGGAAGAAUGUGGUUUCCAGAUAUGAUGCCAACUUGGUAGACAAAGGAAUUCUAUGACUUUUCUUACUUUUGCUUGCUAUGCAAUUCUAAGUUACAUAGAUAAAAAGUCAAACAAAAUCAUUUCAAAAACAUUAUUAUGUAUCCCCCCAACAUUAAAUAUGAAGCAGGUUUAUAAGAGAGUAUUGGUGUAAAAUUACACAGCUGCUCUGCAUAGCUUUAUUGUUAUUGUGCCUGGAGAAAUAUGGAUGCAAUCAGUUUAUUACUCAUACUUCUAGUAAGCUCUGAGAAUCAUUUAAUAGAUAUGUAGCAAUAUAGAUAUCUUUUAUUAUACUAUGCCAAAAUUCAUUUCAUAGAGGAAAGUGUAGCCUGAAGCUUCAAAGCAAGCCACCACCCAAAGGCCACUCAUAUAUUGCACUACUGUAUAUGAUGACAUCAUGUUCAAUAUGAUCUGAUAUAAUAGCACUAUUGCUGUUUUUUACUGCUUAGUGAGCCUACAGAAUACCCAUAAUGGGUACUUAUCAAAAUGUUUUCAGCUCCUAUUGCUGUAAUACUGUUGAAAAGCACAAAUUCAGUAUAGUAAAGCAAAAAAAGAAAACACUACUAAGCAAAAAGACAAAUGAGCAUAGUAUGAAACACAUCAUGAUAAUUCAACGUAGUCCUUGUAAAAAAAAUAUACAUGUUGCUCAUUUUAAGUCACAAUUCAUUUUUAUGUUUAAAACAUAAAAAAAUUAUAAAUAGUCUGCAAUCUCUAUGUUGUUAACAAAAAUUAGUUAAAGGGCAUCCGUCAGCAGAUUUGUUUAUGAAACUGGAUGACCCAUUACAUGUGCGCCUGGCACCUGAAGGUAUCUUUGUUGGUCCCAUGUUCAUAAGUUCCCACAUUGCUGAGAAAAAUGAAAUUUUGGUAUAUGCAAAUGAGCCUCUAGGAGCAAUGAGGUGUUGCUGUUACACCUAGAGGCUCAGCUGAACAGCAACUGCUGCGCCCUCUGCACUUUGUUAAAUGGGGCCAAGCAGUGUAAAUAUCAUAACACCUGGUCUUGUCAAAGAGGAGAAAGGCAUGGCAGUUGCAGAGAGAGCUGAGCCUUUAGUAGUAAUGGCAAUGCCUCCUGUACUUCUAGAGGCUAAUUUGCAUAUAUUAAAAAAAUGUAAACAUUAUUUUUCUCAGCCACACAGGUACAGUUGACCAACAAAUGCCGUCAGCUGCCAAUUUUCAUUAGUUACGUGACCUAGGUGCGGUUUAGUCGCAUUCAAGUAAAUGGGACUAAGCUGCAAUACCAAGCACAGCCAAUAUUCAAUGGACGGUGUUGUGAUUGGUAAGUGACGAGGAGGCUACGGCACUCACCAGAAUGCCAUGGCCUCCUCAAACAGCUGAGGGGAGUGUUAGAUCCCCGUCAAUCUUAUAUUGAUGACCUUUCCUGAGGAUAUCAAAAAUCUUGAAAAAUCCCUUUAAAGACUGUGAUCUAUGCAGCUCUGCUUGGAAAUGCUUAAAAUAACACUUAAGGUCUAUUCAUAUUGGUCCUCGCAUAGAAAAUUGCAACAUGCACUACUUUGGUUCAAUUGUUUGGAAGACUUCCCCAUUGAAGAAAUUAGAUCCAAAAGAAAGGCAGAAGGCACAUAGAUGCCACAUUUGUGAUUCAUUUAAAAUAAAUAAUUUUCAGAAUACAGAUAAGUUUUACAACGCACUUCAGAAUCAAAGUGCAUUUACAUGGCCUGAGAAUCGGGCAGAUAAUCAGGAACGACCGAUCCCGACAAUCUGGACAUGUAAAUGUGCCACCGAUCACCUGAUGAACGAUUGAAACACUUGUUAAUCGGUUGAUCCUGACGUUCAUGCAGGCACCACCAAUCAUGGCUUCUGGGCAGCAGAUUGUGUUGUCUAAACAGUGACAUCUGAAGUUACAUUCUAGAACAGGUUUCUGACUAUGUAACAGAACAGCACCCAUGUUUUAUUUACCACAGUGACUAACCUCUAUCAAAUUAGCAUGCUUUGUUAAUUAUCAGGUAUUUAUACAUUUUUUCCUGUGAUGACUGGCUGGAGGAGUGAAGCUAAGGCUGGUUCCAAUUCACCAUUUUGUUAUCCGUUUUUCUGAUCCGACAAGACAGUGAGGAGGAGGGAGGCAUAGCUAAAAUCCUAAAACACUGAGAGAUUUCUUUAUUUCCCAGUUUUAAUUGCAAUAUAAGACUAUAUAAUUACAAUAGAAUCAAAGCAAAGGAAAUAAAGAGAAAAAGCACUGGGACAUGUUUUCACUUUCUUUGAGUAUCUGCAUGGAAAGUACUCCCUCUGGAAAUUUCCAUAGCUCUCCGUAGGCUUAGCUGUAGCUUACCUAGGGAGCAUCACAGUCGUUGAGGGUUAGUCACUCGAGACAAAAGCUGAAAUUUAGCUUAACACUGACUAUUUUACAGUUAAACUUGAGGUACACUUUAAUAUAAAUUAAUAAGAAGUUUGCUUAUAGGCCCCUAAUAUAAAAGAGGUGUAUACAAUGGAAGCACUUCUUUAUAUGUGUACAGACCAAAAGUUUGGACACA